UCUAACUAUAGCGCUUGAAGCCCCGCGCCCAAGCAUUGCAACACAUAGGUAGAGUUCCUUCACUUUCGUAUAUAUCUUAGCUAUAGGUAUUUGUGAUCCUUUUGCUAAAGGUCGAUACCGACCCACGUUCUCAUAGGCCAACACUUGCAAGCCCACCGGCGCUGCCCUUUGCGCCAUGGCCUCAAAUGAGAAUCAGUUAGAUGUCUUGCUUCAGGCAGUAGAAGAGGUUGUUGAGCAACCUGAGGACCUUGAGGGCUGUGAGAAGCUCAUUGAGGGCAGUUCCCUCAAGAACAACUUUUUGCGCAUAGGCCAGGCGCUCGUGACCAUCAACGAUAGAAAGCUUUACAAGCGCGCGGGCUCGACCUCGUUCACACAGUACAUUGAGCAGAAAGGUGAUUUCGGGUUCGGUCCUCGUCAAGCCCUUCGUCUCCUGGCUGCAACGCGUCUUGUGCGCAACUUCCCUCCUACCAUUGCCUUGCCAACAAGCGAGCGUCAGGUUCGCGCGUUGGUCGGCCUGGAGCAGCAGCAGGCCAUCAAGGUGUGGGUCAAGGCCAACCUGAUUGCCACCGAGACCGGGGUGCCGCUGACGCACCGACUGGUGGAGGCGGUGCUGGGCAAGGAGCUGCCCGCGUCCUACCGCCAGGCGACGCGAGACUGGCAGGACUACGUCUCCCCCGACUCCGACUACUACGUCACGCCCCCGCACAUCCUGGCCGCCGUGCGCCGCGUGUUCGCCGGCGCCAUCGACCUGGACCCCUGCUCCGACCCGCGGGCCAAUGAGGCGGUGCAGGCGGCCCGCUUCUUCUCCGCGGAGGAGGACGGACUGGCGGAGGAAAACAAGUGGAGCGGCAAGGUCUUCAUCAACCCGCCCUCCGGCAUCCUGGACGGCCAGCCCGCCCAGGCUCGCUUCCUGGAUCGGGCGCUGCGCGAGGUGGGCUCCGGAGCCGCCUCCGAGGUGCUGCUGCUGCUCAAGGCGGCGGUGGGGGCCAGCUGGUUCGGCCGCGUGCUGGACCAGCCGCACUGCUGGCUGGCUGAGCAGAAGGCGGCCAAGAAGGGGACAGCGGGAGGGGCGGGAGGAGGAGGGGCGAGCGGUGGGGGUGCGGCAGGGGCGGAGGUGGGGAAGAGCCCGCGGGGGAUGGUGGUGGUGUACCUGGGUCGGCGGGUGAAGGAGUUUUGUGACCAGUUUUCGGAGCUGGGGCACAUCCCCGGGCUGAAUGGGUGGAAGGCGCCGUUGAAGGCGCCCAAGGAGUGAGGUGGGCUGAGGCGGGCGCGAGCUGGGUUGGGUUGCGGAGGUGGAGGAGAAGGUGGGGGAGGUGGAGGAGGAGGAGGGGGCUGGGGUGUGGCAUGUGCCCGGCGGUAGGGAUUUGGUAGAGUGCUGCUGUGAUCAGAAAGGUUACGUAAGGGUGGAUAGGGGGGGGCUCGAAUACCUGGUGCUGCUGCUGGGGAGGGGCGGUCUCAAGGGAGGGAUGCAGCUUUAAAAGUGAUAUGAUGAUUGAUGCUGCGCGCGUAAAAGAGUAACAAGCAGCGAUCCCCACCUAACACAUACAAGGAAGAUGCAUUUUUGUUCGAAGCGGCUGUUCUGUAGUUCUGUUCUGUAGCGGGGUGCCUGGUUUGCAUGCGGUUUAGUUAAACUGGAAGCCCGCCCUGACAGGGUGAGCAAGAGGAGGAGGGCGGGGUGCUAGCGCAGGGCUUCUCGUGAUGCAGGCUGGAUUCGCUGGCGUGGUGUGUUUGGAACGUAGUUAGGUCUUGCCACAUGCGCCUGUUCAUUACAAGGUACACAAGAUCGUUGCUACUACAUGAUGGAGGCCAAGGCUGGGGUUACGCUGCCUUGGUGGGGCGUGUCAAAUGGGGCAACUAACUCAAGUGGAGCUUUGGUGGGUGCUGGUUAGCCUAAGAUGGAUGCUGCUAUACUUUGGCUCAGCUCUGUACAUACAUACAUAUGGCGUGGACCGUCCAUAGCUUGGAUGUGUGCCAUAUGUCUUCAGAAUGCUCGGUGGAUGUGGGGUGUCACAGCGUUAGGUUUUGCUUUGAGCUGGAACGCAGGAAUCAUGCUUCCGGUCUGAGGUACAUUAUCGGCAGGGGGCAGCACUGAUCCGUGUCUUACUAAGGCAGAGGACUGUUCACAGCAUAUACACUUAGAAGCCAGGACGGCGCAGUCAGAGCGGCACCUGUGGCUCGGGUCCUAGCUUGGGUUUGCACGCAUGGGCCAAGCUAUUUUGGUUCUAUUUUUGAGCGGUUGGUGCGUAGAUUUCCGGGGAAUGUGGGCGGACUUCGGUGCAGCUUUGUCCGCUGCAUGGCAGGGACAACACAUGA